AUGUCUCUCUCGUUUGCUCACUCGAUUAUGCAACGCCUCGCUGUGUUGUGGCCGCUGCUACCAGAGGCCGCAAUAUUGGCUGUUCUUUUAACGGCAACUGCAGCCGUGGCCAUCUUCUCUCCAAUUCUGGCCUUUGUCUCCGCCGUAUCGCCGUCAUCUUCCUUCUCGCGGCCUUGUAACGCAGAUGAUUUCGUUAGUUUUCCUUUGGACGUUCCGGGAGAGAUGCUGUGCGUGCCGCUUCACCGAGUCAACAGCUCCGUGUUCGACUUUUACGUAUCCACAGUUUUCUUAGCUGUGGUUGUGGUCGGUUCGGCCUACGCGCUCCGAGCCUUGCUUUGA